AUGGCAAUGGAAGAGGAGGAAGGUAAAAUAGAGAUGUUCCAGGAGGCAGAGGUGGGGGAGGGUGGAGCAGAAGGAGGAGGAGGAGGAGGAGGCGAAAUCGGUGAUUUUUUGAUGAUGCGACGUCGUGGUGCGGUGUCCAAGAGAACCUGGGUCUUCGACGCUAGUGAUCCACUCACCUGCAUCGCCAUUUCCAACUUCUACCCACUCGUCGCUAUCGCUGGACGCAACCUGCUUCAAGUGCUUCGGGUAGAUGGGGAGAGGUUCAUCUCGGUCCACCGGAUGACAAACCUUCAACGCAACAUCUCGAGCACCACAACGGUGAACACUUUGAGGUCCACCUCCUCCUCUGUAGUGGCGUCAACAUCGUCGUCGUCGAAUACGACGACAACGACCCACUUUCAACCACCUCGCAGCUAUGCCAUCAACGAUGUGGCCUGGUCGGACUCGAAGUCUGUGCUGGCUACAUGUUCCAACGCCGGUGACUUGAUAGUCUGGGAUCUGAGUCGAGGCAUUACGCAGAGCGUCUGUUUUAUGGGCCACUCACGCAGUGUCCACCGAAUCCACUUCAAUCCCAACGCGCCCAACGAGAUCAUCUCGGCGUCGCACGAUGGAACUGUCAAACUCUUUGAUGUGCGUGAUCAAUCCUGUCGUCUAGUCUUCCAUGUUCGCACAACAGCACCAUCGCCCGCACGCGACGUGGUCUACUGUCCACGUGAGGGUCACACUCUGGCUGCCGCAUUUGAGAACGGUCUUGUGUGUAUCUGGGAUACGCGCAACGAGAGUCGACCCGCUCGGUGCUUCCAGGCACACAACGCUGUCUCUGCCAGUAUCGAUUGGCAUCCGAUGUGGAAUUCUUCGGAUCGAAACUGGCUUGCCACAGCAGGAGGACGUGAUAAUACGAUAAAAGUGUGGGAUUUGAAUAAGACCUCUCCCACCACUGUUUACUCCCUGCGCACGAAGAACACUGGGAAUAUACGUUGGCGUGUUGGAGAGGUGGGCCACCUUUAUUACUCUCUUGUUCCCGGCUAG